UAAUCUAUGACAACAAGAGCGACGUUUCUGUUUCUCGUUGUACGGUCUUACUUUACCUGGUAAGACUCGUACCUUCCGUAAAAGAGAAGGGGAACACCGACGCCGAGGACGGUCUUUCCAGUUCUCCGCACCGUUCGGUUCAGUGUAGCCGCAACCAUAGUGGCGAUAGGAUAUCGUCGUAUCGUGCAGGUCUCGUCUCAAUUUGCGGAUGAUCGUCGGAGUUCUCUCCGUGUUCGAAAAUAGGCUUUCAAAUAAACCGGUGGUUGACGCAGCCGCAGUUCUUCGUCGGGGGUGUUUAUAGAUCCGUCGACCUCGCAAACUGAUCGCUUUCGAUGGUACGCCGCAGCGAGCUACCGACUGACAAAUCCGAGCUGAAUUAAGCUGUAUUAAUAAUCAGCCGUUGGGUCGCAGGUGUUUGGUAAGCUUUGGAAAAAAAAUUCACGGUACAAAGUGUGAUCUCAGGCUGAAUAAUCAACGAGGCCGCAAAGUUUUCCGUAUGCACUUGUGCCCGGAAUAGACGCACUGGCGGAGACGUUGAAUUCAUUCCAAGUUUAUUUGUGAGGUGAAAAAGAACAACGAGACAAAACGAAAACAUGUCGUUCCUAAAAUCGACCGGAGAUAUUAUCGGCUUCUUGUUACUUUCGCUGUUCGCCAUCGUCGAAGGAAUUAUAAAAUUAUUCACACCCCUUAAAUAUCGAAUGAAAAGUGUAGCCGGUGAAGUCGCCCUAGUUACCGGGGGUGGAAGUGGACUGGGAAGACUGAUCAGUCUCAGGUUAGCAAACCUUGGAGCGGUGGUCGUUGUCUGGGACAUCAACAAGAGCGGAAUCGACGAGACCGUAAAACUCGUGCAAGCAUCGGGUGGCGUAUGCUUCGGAUACGUUUGCGAUCUUUGCGAUCGCGAGGAUGUUUACCAGAAGGCUGCCCUCCUUCGUAAAGAAGUUGGAAAGGUAACGAUCCUCAUCAACAAUGCCGGAAUUGUGACAGGGAAGAAAUUCCUGGACACUCCCGAUCAGAUGAUCAUUCGUACGAUGGAUGUGAACAUCAUGAGUCAUUUCUGGACGGUCAAGGCGUUCCUCCCCGGGAUGAUGGAGGACGACAAAGGCCAUAUCGUUAGCAUCGCAAGUUUGGCGGGUUACACCGGAAUUCCAAAAUUGGUAGAUUACUGCGCUUCCAAAUUUGCAGCAGUCGGAUUCGACGAAGCUCUGAGGAUGGAGUUGGAGGCCGAAGGCUACAGCAUUCAGACCACGGUCAUCUGUCCCUACUUCAUCCGCAGCACGGGUAUGUUCGAGGAUGUACAAUCCAGGUUUGUUCCCACGUUAAAGUCAAACGAGGUAGCCGACAGAGUAAUUACAGCGAUGCGUUGUAAUGAAAAGUACGCAAUUGUUCCUGGAUAUCUUCAAGGCAUGCUCGCAUUGAAAUGGAUGUUUCCGUGGACGUGCGCGGCGAUGUUUUUACGAGGUCUUGUCCUCGACGCGUCUCCUAAUCACGGGGUACCAUCGCCCUCGAUACCGGAAACCGAGGUCACUAGCAUCCCUUCCAAAGACCAAAACGGCUCCGCGCUUCAUCAUCAAAUCGCAAGACGCGUGUCGAGUUCAGAGAGGAAGCCCUAAAAUUUUGUAAAUUGUACGUUACGUUAUCAAUACUUGUACGCGCACGUCAUUCGCCUUGCGAAAUGUUGACGCGUCCCCCUUCUCUUGGUAUUUGUUCCGAUGACUUCACACUUGUAAUCACGCAUUCAAAAUUCAAAAUUACCCGACUAACUGCGGCUGAAGGAUUCACGCUACAUACGUAUACGUGAAGCGAAACACUUUUUCAUUGGAGAAAUUUGAAGAGAAGACCAACAGAUCACGAAGAAUAUUUUUUGUCUUUUCGAUCGAGUGACAGGUAUCGCCGUAAUAAUUAUAAAAGCUCUCGACGAUAACUGGGGACCAAUGCCUUGUGGUAAAAUUGCUUUGAAAAGGAAUUUAACGACUGGAACUGCUGAACUCGCUGCAGAUCAAUCACCGCGUUGCCCUUGCGCUGUUUUAUCAGCGAUAAAAUGUCGGCUCAUCUGCCGAAAACUAUUCAAUGCAGAUGAUUCUCCGCAUGUUUAAUAUAAGAUUAGAUAUUUAAAUAUACGUUACGUAAUAUAUGCUCUUUAUUUUCGCUGAAGAAAUAAUGACGAUCGGCGAUCGAAGACCAAUAUCCGAUGUAUAUUGUAUUUUUGGUAAAAUCACAUCUUACACGCGUAAAUAUAUUGCAUAAAUAUAACGAAUAAGUAAAUUAGUUACCUCGAAAAGUACAUUAUAUGCUAGGUUUUGUGUAAUAUUAUGAAGCAUCGGAAUUCGAAGAAAUAAACGGAUAAAUAAAUUAAGUUGACAAAAUGAAUUAUUCAACAAAUAUUAAGGUUGUGCUACGUUGUAGAUCGGUCAGAUGAGUGACUCUUAUUUUUAGGAUAUGCAUAUAACUAUGUGUAGUCAAAGCUUUAUCGCAGUCACUGCUGAUAGCUUCAGUUAAGAUGAAUAAUUAUUUAAUUAUUAUGCGUUUGUACGUAUGAUUAUGUAUCUUAUAUUUUGUCUUAUUUACAAUCCCGAAUGUACCUGUGCAAGGUGGCCUCCGAUUCCGCCCUGUGCUAUAAUUAAUUGUUAAGUGUGAACGUAUAGAUACAGGUAGAUAACCAGAGGGUGAGAAGGUGGCAAAAGCUGACAGGCGAUAACAGAGCUAGAUAGAUUGUACGAAUAAUUGUACGGUGAAAAAAUUACGAUACUAUGAUUAGGUCAUCGAAGCAAUGAUGAAAAACAGAUGGCAACGACGUACCUGAAUUGUGAUGAAAAAAGUUGCGGAGUCAAUUGAAUAAUUUUCUUUCGUUACCAACGAUCGCCAAUUGAAUUAAAAUUCAGUUGGCGGAAUUGAAAUUUUGCUAGCCUUAUCCCGUGAUUUCUGUCGGUGCUAGAAAACGUUCGGUUGCAAAAAGUGUCCCUGCGCUCGUUCCUGUUGAAAAAUAAAUAUUUUAAUCGACUCAAUGACAAUUUUUUUUUUCACAUGGGAAAUCCAGAUUCGAAUGAAUUCGCGGGUGGCGAUACAUAAACCUCAGAUUCGCUGGGUUUUACAAUUCUGAGCUGGUGCUUACCUGCAAUUGCGAUAUUCCAUGUUCUCACUUGUUUCGAGUAUUUACGAACAUUUGAAAAUGUAAAAACCGAAUAAAAGGCCUUAAUAAAUAACCAGAGGAGAUUAUCGACGUGUCGUUCGUUUCAAUUCUUGUAAUGUUAUAUAUUUUCUUCUCGCGAACGCUUCGAUGUCAUUAUUGCACCUCCUCACGAUUAUACCUUAAAUAAUUACUUUCGAGAUAAUUUAACAUUCAAUUAUGUAUGUACGUUAGGUAGAUUAGGCCGAGUGCCAUCCCUUGCCUUUCAAAUCGUUGAGCGAUAAAUUGUAAUUGAUAAAAAUCGUAAAUGCAGCGAUGGUUUAUAUGUAAUUGAAUUAUUUUUAACAUAUGAUAUUAUUAUGAAUGUACGCAAUAAAGUACAAAAUUUACACGGUUA